AAAAUGUCCUCUCCAUCAAGAACCGAAGCCAAGAAAGACCAAUUCGUUGGUAACGUCAAGGAAAAUGUCGGAAGCGCCGUAGGAAAUGAAUCUCUCGAAGCCAAGGGAAAGACUCAAAACAAUGCUGGUGUUGUCCAAGAAACUGCUGCUACUGUUCAAGGUUACGUUGCAGGUGCUGCUGAUCAGGUUGCAGGUGCUGUCAAGGGUGCCUAUAAUGCCCUUACUGGUGAUACCACUGCUGAAGCUGGUAACAAGGUCCAAGAAAAGAAGGGCGAAGCUCAAAAGACCUUCAACUCUUAAACUCCCUUUUAACAUUCUUGUAAAUAAAAAUAAUACCAUAUUGUAAACUCUUUUUCACGUAAAA